GAUUGCGUUCAUUUAGAAUUGAGCUGGAGACCUCUGGAAGUAAAUGAAGGGCUGUGAUUGCGUUUAAACUUAAGAUCAACUCAACUUCAACACGAUGAUCAUCUCGCAUUUGGUGGCUUGUGGACUUAUUGUGACACUCCUUACAGCCAACACAGAGGCAAAACCAUUAACACAGGCAGAACAGAGGUCCCUAAGGGCGCUGCUUGGAGAGGAGCUGUCAGAGUUCCUAGAGUCGGAUGACAGUCAGAGGAGGCUGGAGAACAGACUACGUCUUCUCCGGGACAUCCGAAUGGACACGCGUGCCAAAGGCAUGUGGGCUCGGAUCCUAAACGAUCAGCCCGGAUCACGGAGACUCAAAGCUGGAUCUAAGAAAGGAGGAGCGACAGGCAGGAGUGGAUGCUUCGGACACAAGAUGGAUAGGAUAGGGACCAUGAGCGGGAUGGGUUGUCAACCGUCUCACUACCCCUCUGUGAACAAUCUCUCGUGAGCGUAUCCCAGACGUCACUGAUUUCGGAUAGAACGGACUCAUAUGUUCUUCCUCUACGGAAAAACAAAAAAGGAACUAAUGGUACGAAAGCCACUACGAGAAGCAUUUGUGGGGACAAUAAUGAGACGUACAGAUGAAAUAAAAUAAAAUAGAUUAAACAUAUGCAUAAAAUAAAAGACUUGGCAGAUAAUGUUGAUAAAAAGCUGUAUAUUGUUGCUGCUACUGCUGCUGUAUAUUCAUGUAUUUCAUUCUUGCAUAAAUGUAUUUAUGUUCUAAAAACUAUUUAUAUGUUUAUAAAAGAGAUAUUUAUAAAUAUGUGUUUUAUUUAUGUAACAUUUCGAAAUGAAUGCAAACUGCAGGUCAAUUCCGUUUGUACCUUUUAUGUCUCUAAUAGUUGUAAAUGUUUUAAAAACCAUUAAAAAUGCACAAAAAGAACAAAUAAA